UAGCCUUUCCCGUCGCACUCGAUUUGAAAGCCACACCAACCGAACACGUUAGUUCGCUUCCGAUUUUUGUGAUGCUCCAAGGGAUCUGGUCGUAGAAAAUUUUCAGUAGUGCACAAAUUGGGUUUAGUUAUUCGAAUCGCGAUGAGCUACACAAACCUCCUGCGCCAGCAGAAUGUGGUGGACGACUGCCAGCGAGUGAGCUGCAAUCGCAGUCCAACGGCCACGCUAACCGGCCGCUGCGUCAUCAGCCUGGACAUCGUGAUCGGCUGCCGGAUGGAGCAGUGCGACCCGGACAUGCCCUACAUGCUGGAGCCGACGUGGGGCGUCUAUCUGCGCUCCGGCCGGGAUGGCGGCGACCUGUCGCGCUUCGUGCGGCGCGUCACCUUCAAGAUGUCGCCGCGUCUGCCGCUGCGACUCCACGUGGCGGACAGCGCUCCGUUCGAGAUCGGUGAGGUGCUGGGCACCGACUUUCCGGUGGAGGUGCAGGUGCAGUACACGGAUGCCCGCAUGUCCGCCACCUCGUACAUCUUCCGGCCGCGGGUGGUGCACGAGGGUCACGCCGGCAUCUGCGAGGAGAUGCUCGACAAGAUGAUAUUCGUGAAUCCCACGCCCUCGAUGCGACACAGUCUGGCGCCCGUUCUCGUGCCAGGUGGUUCGCCCAGGGCCAGGGAGCUCAACCAGUCCGCGAUGGAGCUUCCCGGCCCGGAGAUUCCGGGUGAGCGCAAAGAACAGGACCGCGACCGGGAGCAGGUGGGCGAUGUGGCGCGACCUCCGCAGCCGCCGGCCAAGCAGCUCAAGAACCGCCUAAGUGUGGGCAUGCCCCAGCCGCCCAUCGGCAAUCGGUAGCACAACUAUUGGACAAUGUUGGAGGAACAACCGAGCAAGUUGCCUGCAAUGGCAUGCGAAAAUGUGUGCAGUUGUUUGAUUGGAAUUUGAUGUGUUUUGGUCUGCCCAUAUAAGUUAUGAAUUUCAAAUUAAAGUAUGUUUGA